CGUUAGUGGCACGGUUAAGGAAUCGUAAUAAUUGAGUUCUUCCCAUCCCAUGUGAGAACAUGAAGACGGCGGGCUCGACUGACUGUGAGCACCCGCCUCUGGAGGACAUGCGCCGGGGACUCGACACGUGAUCCGCUCGCCACAAUCCAGUAUGGCGGAAUACGUCGGCGAGUGGAUCCGUCGUUGGCGCGCUCUCCAACGGGAAUAAAGUCCGGAGCGUUGCGUCCGAUCGCGGCGGAGCUGCGGAGAGUUCAUUCUCAUCGAGCGAAGAGGAACCGACACACAGAGUUGGACUUCGGCCAGAGGGGGCGCUAUGAGCUUCUGAGAUUGUCCUUUCUUUCCUGUCUCGUGUCUCUUUUGACUCGUCUUCCCAUUCAACAGUGGAUGGUGACCGGCCAACAAGCCCCAGAGGAGCCGUGAGGUGUUUCUCACAUCCUCACCUGCCAGGACACACUCCUCUUAUUAUCAAGUCAGUCACUUCAGAGAAAGCCGCCACCGUAGCCACAAUGAGUUACAACAGCCGCCCAGAUGGACUUCCCAGUAAAGAACAGCCACUGGAACUUCUGAAGCCAUCUGGAGUCAAUCACAUUCCUCCUGUUGAUGUGAGUGCGGCGCUGCCACUGCAAGUGCCGCCUUCUGCCAUCCCCAUGGACCUGCGUGUGGAUCACCAGUUCACUCUUGCGCCGUCGGACCCGGCCCAGCGCGAGCAGCAGCUGCAGCAGGAGCUUCUGGCGCUCAAACACAAACAGCAGAUACAGAGGCAGCUCCUGAUCGCAGAGUUUCAGCGGCAGCACGAGCAGCUCUCGCGCCAGCAUGAAGCGCAGCUGCAGGAGCAUGUCAAGCAUCAGCAGGAUCUCCUGGCCCUGAAACAUCAGCAGGAGCUCCUGGAACACCAGCGGAAGUUGGAGCGCCAUCGUCAGGAACAGGAGCUGGAGAAACAGCAGCGGGAACAGAAGCUCCAGUUACUCAAAAACAAAGAACGCGGCCAAGAGAGCGCUGUGGCGAGCACUGAGGUGAAGAUGAGGUUGCAGGAGUUCGUCCUCAACAAGAAGAAAGCGCUGGCCCAGAGGAGCCUCAACCACUGCCUGCCCAACGACCCACGCUACUGGUACGGGAAAACCCAGCACAGCUCCCUGGACCAGAGCUCACCACCUCAGACAGGGAUUUCCACUUACAACCACCCGGUGCUGGGAAUGUACGACCCCAAAGAUGACUUCCCGCUCCGCAAGACCGCAUCUGAGCCCAACCUGAAGCUGCGAUCCAGGCUAAAGCAGAAAGUUACGGAGCGCAGGAGUAGCCCACUGCUCCGGAGGAAGGAUGGGCAGAUCACCACGGCAAAGAAGCGCUCUCUGGACAUGGCAGAGUCAGCAUGCAGCAGUGCUCCUGGUUCUGGUCCGAGUUCACCCAACAACAGUUCAAACAACAUCACCAAUGAGAACGGCAUCGCUGGAGCAAUCUCCUGCAGUCCAGUGGAGGUACAGCGCACUGCGUAUCAAUCUCCAUCUUUGGCGCACAGACUCACGGGCAGAGAGGGUCCUGUUAGCCAGCUGUCUCUGUACACAUCGCCCUCCCUUCCCAACAUCACCCUGGGCCUGCCAGCCACCGGCCCCUCCAGCGUGGCGUCUGGCCAACAGGACGGUGACAGAAUGGCAGUGCCAGGCAUGCAGCCAGGAAUACCCAUAACCACUCCGUUCAUGCCAGGAGCCCACCUGCCUUCUUACCUGGCCGCGUCCACCUUAGAGCGGGAGGGCGGCUCGGCACACAACACUCUCCUGCAGCAUAUGGUGCUUCUGGAGCAGUCGGCCGCAGGCCUGGGGGGCGUGUCCCUGCAGUCGCAUCCCAUCCACAAGCUCCGGCAGCAUCGGCCCCUCGGACGCACGCAGUCGGCCCCCCUGCCCCAGAACGCCCAGGCGCUGCAGCAGCUGGUGGUUCAACAGCAGCACCAGCAGUUCCUGGAGAAACACAAGCAACAGUUCCAGCAGCAGCAGCUUCACAUCAGCAAGAUGAUGGCUAAACCGAGCGAGCCGGGACGACAGCACGAGAGUCACCCGGAGGAGACGGAGGAGGAGCUGCGGGAGCACCAGGGCCUGGGCGACUCCACGGAGGCUCGUCCUCACGGGGUCACCAUCAAACAGGAACCUCCGGAUGAGCAGGAUGAAGAGUUCCAGAGGCAAGCCGAGGAAGAGCUGCUCUUCAGACAGCAAGCUCUCCUGUUGGAGCAACAGAGGAUCCAUCAGCUGAGGAACUAUCAGGCCUCCAUGGAGGCGGCCGGUCUAUCUGUGACCUUCCCGGGCCAUCGGCCCCUGUCCAGAGCACAGUCAUCCCCGGCCUCUGCGACCUUUCCCAUUGUGGUGCAGGAACCUCCAGCCAAACCGCGUUUCACCACCGGUCUGGUGUAUGACACCCUGAUGCAGAAACACCAGUGCAUGUGUGGAAACAGUAACAACCACCCCGAACACGCCGGGCGCAUCCAGAGCAUCUGGUCCCGUCUGCAGGAGACGGGACUGCGCGGCCAGUGUGAGUGUAUUCGAGGCAGGAAAGCCACUCUGGAGGAGCUACAGACGGUCCACACUGAGGCUCAUGUGCUGCUUUACGGAACCAACCCUCUCAGACAGAAGCUGGACAGCUCAGUGACACCCAUGUUCGUGAGGCUGCCGUGCGGAGGAAUCGGGGUUGACAGUGACACUAUCUGGAAUGAAGUUCACUCGUCCAGUGCUGCUCGUCUGGCUGUGGGAUCUGUGGUGGAUCUGGUGUUUAAGGUGGCUUCGGGAGAGCUGAGGAAUGGCUUUGCUGUGGUACGACCUCCAGGACAUCACGCUGAGGAGAGCACUCCCAUGGGAUUUUGCUAUUUCAACUCGGUCGCCAUUGCAGCCAAACUCCUGCAGCAGAGACUCAACGUCAGUAAGAUUCUCAUUGUGGACUGGGAUGUUCACCAUGGAAAUGGGACUCAACAGGCCUUCUACAGUGACCCUAAUGUCCUGUAUGUGUCUCUCCAUCGCUACGAUGAUGGGAACUUCUUCCCUGGCAGUGGAGCACCUGAUGAGGUGGGCAUCGGGCCAGGCAUGGGCUUUAACGUGAACAUGGCCUUCACCGGGGGUCUGGAGCCACCCAUGGGAGAUGCAGACUAUCUGGCAGCAUUCAGGACGGUGGUGAUGCCAAUUGCGAACGAGUUCGCUCCAGACGUGGUGCUGGUUUCUUCAGGCUUCGACGCUGUGGAGGGGCAUCCACCACCUCUGGGAGGAUACAAGCUCACGGCCAAAUGUUUUGGCUACCUGACCAAGCAGCUGAUGGGGCUGGCCGGCGGCCGGCUGGUGCUGGCGCUGGAGGGGGGUCACGACCUCACCGCCAUUUGCGAUGCCUCUGAAGCAUGUGUUUCUGCUUUGCUUGGAAACGAGUUGGACCCUCUUUCUGAAGAUGUGCUACAACAGCGGCCGAACACCAACGCCAUUCACUCCAUGGAGAAAGUUCUGGAAGUCCACAGUAAAUACUGGCGCUCGCUGCAGAGAUCUGCUUCAACUCUGGGAUACUCACUGCUGGAGGCUCAGAGAUGUGAAACUGAAGAGGCAGAGACGGUGACCGCCAUGGCCUCCUUGUCUGUGGCCAACAAGCACAUGGGAAAGAGGACAGAGGAGGAGCCUAUGGAAGAGGAGCCUCCAUUGUAGAAGGUCCGAUCGACUGCCUUGGUGACCCUCUCGGCUCAGUGCCUCUUCAAGGCCUCUGACGUCGCUCUACUCUCUCUAUCCGUUUCAUUUUUUGUCCCACGAUGUGCGUGCUUUGAGCACGGGAUCUGAAACGGCCUGAAGAAAUCUCUCUGACACCCAGAGCGUGACAAACAUGUCUCAGCCGUGUUAGUCUGUCUCUGUCCAAGGCAGAAUGUCCAGGACUGUGUAACCUGGUCUGUCCGCAGGGACGCUUAACUUUUGAGCAGGACAUACACUCACGUUUCAUUGUUAGAUGUGAGAGCUGGUGCUUUCGACAUGAACUUUUUCAUUAUUUUCCAGAGCCACUAUAAGACUGAUUUCGGCUGUCACGGCCUACGUUUUUUAUUUGUCGUCUCUCUCUGUUCGUUUGUCUGUCUUUCUUUUAUUCUUGGAGAAAAAAUUGACUCGUUCCAUUCGCAAUUCGAGUUACUGCUUCACGAGGGUGGACGAUGUGAUCGGGAGAGCGAUCGAAGGAUUCUGGGAAGCCCGACGAAGAGUCGACAAAGAGUCGAGUUUGUGCCUUUUUCAAAAGAUGGAUCCAGAAGAACAUUGCCUUAAACUAGUUACAGGAGGGAAGACGUUUCGCCGUCUCUGUAUUUCUUGACAUGCGACGAUUAAAGGCUGGCCUGAAGAAUCGAGAAACCCUCAGCAUGUUUACCAGGAACUCCCUGCAGAUAUCUUCAUGUUUCACACGCAUUAUAACCUGUUUUCUGUUCCUUCAUUUUUACUGUGCUUGUGUUGGACGUUACAUGAAAAGUGUCACUAACAAACAAACUUUAAGGUAGUUGCCAGCUAUCCAAGGGCAAAACGUUCGAUUGAAUUCUCCAGCGCUUUAGAUGGCAAGCCAAUGUAGCAACUCGUUUCAACUCUUAAUGACCAAAUACGCAUCUCCUCCUUCUCCGAAAAGUUGGCCAGCAUGCAGCUUUCCAUCGGCCUAGUUAAGAAUUGAACCGUUGUAGUUUAACACCGCAGACAAGCAUGAGUUUACUGCGAGCAUAUAGGAUAGGGCUGCGAUGACCUCGCGUCAUACGAUUUGUAGUUCGAGACAAACUUUCUAUUUUUCUUUCUCAAGACAUGUUGUACUUUUAUAUAGCUAUGAAUGUCUAGUAUUCCGGUUACUUUACAGUUAAUCAAAGGGCACUAGCGUAUCACUACUAUUAUUCUACCUUCAAAACAAGCGCAAAAGGGCUGGUUACCGAUUUUAAAUGUACCACUGAGCCUUCAGACGUGCCACCUGGUGAGAUUUAGUGCUGGUUUCCUGCCGACGGGCCUGUGCGAGGAGGUUUAUGGGCCUUUCGCUAAGGGCGGGUGCUAACGAACAUGUCCCCGUCACAUGACAUAAUCCAGGAAGUAGCGGGACCACCAGCUUCCACUCAGAAAACAAUCGUAAAAAAAAAUGCCUCUGAGACAACUGUGAUACUCAGACAAUCUGCAUGGGACAUUGACAUAGUUUCGGAGCCGCGGCGGCGCUUCGAAGCGGCACAUAGAACUGUAUAUAUACACAAUUAUGCAUGCUGACAGUAGAUCAUUUGGCUUGACAUUGAUUGUACAUUGAACUUUUGGAUUCUGGACUGACGAAGAGGCGAUAAUUUGUUUUAGAGCAACUGACUCGUGUUUAGCCUCUCGGCAACUACCUUUGGCAUUCUUUUACUGUGUGUCAUGUUCAAUAUAAAACGCAUUACGGCGGGAGAUUUGACUUACCGUUGCCAUUGUUCCUCGACUUCAUUUUUAUAUAUGCCUGUCACAUGACUACUCCACUUUGGGUUGGUGCCCGUUAUUUUCUUGUUCAUUUGUCCUGUUUUUGGUUUCUUUCUCUUUUUUUUUACUUUUUGGUUUAUUUACUUGUUCAUUUGUCAGUCUUUAUGUAGUUGACAAUGUGUUUUACAUGCUUGUGUCUUUUUUUUAUUGGUUUUAUCUUGUUUUUUUUUUGUAUGCGGUGGGAGGGAGAUGCUUUUACUUUGUAUAAUGAUUCUGACAAUUGUGUAUUUACUACGUUCUGUUCAUAAUAGAUUUAUAUUACAAAGAUCUAUAGAUAUAUUAUAUAUUAUAAAGAUUGCAGACUCGCAUAAGAGAACUAGUAUUGCAAAGUGAUAUAUUUCAGUACGUGGUCUGGCUUUGGCCAUCGCUGGUUCCACUGAAGGCACUGUUUAUUGGUUUCAUGCAUUCGCAGUAGCAUUACUCUGGCACCGUAAACUCUUGAUCAAACGGAUCUUUGUGGUUCCAGGCUUCAGUUUGCUCUUUAAACUCUAAAACAAAAACACUGUACAUUUCCAUUGGUAAAAGUCCAUUUGGAUAGACUAUGUGGGGUUCAUCCAAGAUGGAUUUUAGUUAUUUUAGCGUAUUUUUAAAUGGGUUUGAAUUACUUAAGCCUGUCAACAACAUGUCCAGGUCAUAUUUCACCCAGAAAAAGACAUAGGAAAUUGCAUUUUGCUUUAAAACUAAAAAUAAAUGAGGCCAACAAAGCAAAAUAGGAUCAGCCAAUGAUGUAAAUUUGGGGGUGUGGCUGUUUUUGUUUGACCAAUGGCAGACAUAGGAGUUUCCAAAACAAGUGUUCGAAAAUAAUCAUUAUUUGGAGGUGCAGAAAUUAUGCACAGUUUAAAAAUGGCAGAGAUACAAUUAACUCUCAGAAAUUGCCAGUAAGUUUCACAAAUAAUAACAAAGUGCAAGUAAAAAUGAAAUUUUGAAGUAGAAAAACUGAAAUGUUUUCUUGUAAAACAUGCAUUAAAUAUGAAAUGAUGAAAUGAUUUAAAUAAAUAAAAAUUAAUGUUUAUGAGAAUUUACAAAAAAAAAACUGAAAAGUGAAACGUCUUUUUAAAUUAUGGUGGGGGGAAAUUAUCACGAAAAUAAUUUCAUAAUGCAAGAAAUCCCCCAAAAAUAAGCUUCAGUUCCUUAAUACAAAAUAUAAUUUCUUAUUUACCUCCUUUUGAUUUUGGGGUGAAACGCAACCUGGACAUGAUUUUGUGAGAUCGUUAGCGUUUCAUUUUGCGGUAACGAUAUCCGCGAUUGUUCUCUGGGUUUUUUCUGUUUUGUAAAAUCUUGUUACUCUUAUCAAGCAUGAUCAAUUUUGGGCAUUUUUUUGCAGUAUCAUAUCCAGACCAAGCCCAUCAGAUCUCAUCUGAAUUACUUUCAAGAAUGAAGUGCGAAGGCUGACACUGAUUUGAAAGUGUCCCGGAAAUGUAAAGCGACAUUCCCAAAGAGUCUCAUGAUGAUGGACCAUCACUACAAACCACUCUGCAAUAAUACUAACGGCAGCCUAUCAAUACAGUCUUAUCAAAGGGACACUUCUAUCCCGGUUCAUCCGGACCGUCAUUUUCUUUGCUCCUGUUUUGUAUAAAAGAAAAAAAAUGCAUUCCAUUUGUUUUUUGGUUUUUUUUAGACCUUUCUUGUCAUUCCUGCUAAUUUACCAUGAGGUCUGGCCAGUUGUUUAUUUGCAGGCCAGGGUGAAUUUCUUUCAUUCUCUUUCCUUCACAGCUGUAGAUUUCUGCAUGGUUUGUGCGUCAGCAUGCCUUUCUGUCCUUGUAACAUAUUUGCACAAAGGAGGAACACGGGAGGGUUGAGGCUUUGGAGAACGCAUGGGAUGGAAGCUCUUCUUUCCUCCUCUGUUUCUGGUCAGUACACAGACGGAUUGAUGCUCUUAGUGUCCGACGGAUGUGCUUUUUACUUGUUUAAAAAUGGAAUGAAAGAAAAACGUCUUUUGAAUAUUUUACAACAGCAACAAGAAAGUUAUCUAGCACUUGUGACAUACAGACUAUAGACUUUAUUGUAUUUAUGUAGAGCAUUGUUUUAGGUGAACUACACAUUAUGCCACAUGUUAGACUGUCUGUGAGACUUCUUUUGCUUUCUGUCGUUUUAGUUUUUUUUGUUUUUGAUUUUUCUACUCUUCCUCAGGACGUAUUUUGGGGCCUGGAGGAAGACUAGGAAAAGAUUAGGGUCGUUCCUUUAGAAACAUCUGGAAUCAUCAAAGGGCUUUUUCCAGAUGCUUGUCAGAUAUAUCUUCAGUUUGUCCAAAAGGAGGAAAUAAAAAAAUAAAAAACACUUAUCAGCCAGUAAUACCUGUGACCACUGUGGCUCGAGAACAGUUCUAGGUUUACAAAAUGUAAGAAAUGCAUAUUAUUUUUGUCACUUUGUUUUUCCAUUGUUACAAUAGAACUUUUCUUGGGACCUUUGCUCUAACGUUUGUCUUUGACAUCAACUAUAAAGUUCCUUGUUUUUGAA